AUGGGGGGGCGUAGGGGGCGGGGUUCCGGGAGCGGCCUCGCGCAGGCCGCAGACGAGAAGGGACGGGGGAGGGGGCGGGCCUCGGCCACUCCGGGCCUGCGGCGCCACAGCCUCGCCUACCACUCGCGGCUUCACCACAGACCCCUUUGUGUUCCUGCCCCCGCCCCGGAGGCGCCCCAGCCGGCGGCGCUGAGUUCCCUCAUUGGCUCAGCCGAUGGCUUCCGCGAUUGGCUUCUGAGCCGUCCGGCGUGGGGCGCCUCUUCUCGCUUCUAUUGGUCAUCUGAGCUGCUCGUCAGGCCGCCGCGCGAAGUGAUUGCUCGGCCGCUCAGAGUCCCUGGAAGCAGUUCCGGGAAACCCCGCGUGCUGCCGGGAUCGCGUCUCGGUCCGUGA